CUCUUGGCCGCUCCGCACUUGGCUAUCCCAACCCAAAGAGAGCGACACAGAUAUCGAGGGAGCCAAAGAAUGGAGAGGAUUCUGAUGAGGCUGAUGCGGAGGAGGUCGCUCCUCCACCCCGGAGCAGCACCCAUCUCGGUCACCGGCGCCGGCAGCUCCUCCGCCUUCUCCACGCAGCAGCAGGAAGUGGCCGCGGAUCCGGGCGUCUUGCCCAGGCUCAAGAUCAGGGACACCACUUCUCAGCUGAUUGGGAGGACGCCGAUGGUGUACCUGAACAAGGUCACCGAGGGAUGCGGCGCCCGCAUCGCGGCCAAGCUCGAGUUCCUGCAGCCGUCCUUCAGCGUCAAAGAUAGGCCAGCUAUUUCAAUGAUGGAAGAUGCUGAAAAGAAGGGGUUGAUCACCCCAGGCAAGACCACACUGAUCGAGCCCACAUCUGGAAACAUGGGCAUUGGCUUGGCGUUCAUGGCUGCGCUAAAAGGGUAUGAACUCAUUCUUACGAUGCCAUCAUACACCAGCCUUGAGAGGAGGGUGACCAUGAGGGCCUUUGGUGCAAAUCUUGUCCUUACUGAUCCAGCAAAAGGGAUGGGUGGGACAGUGAGGAAAGCAGCUGAACUUUAUGAGAAACAUCCUAGUGCAUACAUGCUUCAGCAGUUUCAGAAUCCUGCUAAUGUCAAGAUACACUAUGAGACAACUGGUCCAGAAAUAUGGGAGGACACACUUGGACAGGUUGAUAUUUUUGUUAUGGGGAUUGGGAGUGGCGGCACUGUCACAGGCGUCGGCAAGUACCUUAAAGAGAAGAACCCCAAUGCACAGAUCUAUGGUGUUGAGCCUGCUGAAGCAAAUGUGCUGAAUGGUGGGAAGCCAGGACCUCACCUCAUCACUGGAAAUGGGGUGGGGUUUAAGCCAGAUAUUUUGGAUAUGGAUGUAAUGGAAAAGGUUCUUGAGGUGAAAAGUGAGGAUGCUGUUAAGAUGGCUCGAGAAUUGGCACUUAAGGAGGGGCUUCUGGUUGGGAUAUCAUCUGGAGCAAACACUGUUGCAGCCAUUGAACUCGCAAAAAAGCCAGAAAACAAGGGAAAACUCAUUGUGACUGUUCUUCCAAGCCUGGGGGAGCGAUACUUGUCGUCUGCAUUGUUUGAUGACUUGAGAAAGGAGGCUGAGGCUAUGGAGCCGGUGCCAGUGGACUAAUUUGGCCAAUCAAACAAGUCAUUGAUGGUGCAUAAUAAACUCCCCGGCACCGAUGUUGUAACUCCCAGUUGUACUUCAUUUCCCCUCUUCAAAUUUGUAUCUUCAGUCUGUUAUUGUCUGUGGACCUUGCCAAAAAGAAAAUGUUGAAAAAAGGAGCAACUUUGGUCUCUGGACA